AAAUCCCCGGAGACGCCUGUGCUGUUUGUCCCAAGCAUCCGUUCUGGUGGUUUUGCUGAUAUUGGUCCACGGAGAUACAUGGAAGACGAACACAUAAGGAUAGACGAUCUGUCAGCACACUUGGGGUCCCUCAUCACAGUCCCCGAACCUAGUGCCUUCUAUGGGGUUUUUGAUGGCCAUGGAGGGCCUGAGGCCGCAGCCUAUGUUAGAAAGCACGCGAUGAGAUUCUUUUUUGAAGACGGUGAUUUCCCACUUGCUUCUGAAGUAAACGAUGCCUUCGUAGUGGAUGUUGAGAAUUAUCUAAGGAAAGCAUUUCUCUUAGUAGAUAUGGCCUUGGCUGAGGACAACAGCGUGAGCAGUUCUUCCGGGACGACUGCUUUGACAACUCUCGUUGUUGGGAGGCUUCUAAUGGUGGCGAACGCAGGAGACUGCAGAGCAGUUCUAUGCCGGAAAGGCGAGGCGAUCGAUAUGUCUCAAGAUCACCGGCCUAGUUACGCAUUGGAGAGGAGGCGUGUAGAGGAAUUGGGUGGAUUCAUAGACGAUGGUUAUCUCAACGGUGUUCUCUCCGUUACUCGAGCCCUGGGCGACUGGGACAUGAAGCGGCCGCAAGGCUCCACCUCGCCUCUCAUUGCGGAGCCUGAGUUCCGCCAAAUCACUCUGACGGAGGAUGAUGAGUUCCUCAUAAUCGGAUGCGACGGAAUCUGGGAUGUCUUGUCAAGCCAGCAAGCAGUCAGCCUCGUCCGUCGUGGGCUCAGACGACACGAUGAUCCCGAGCAGUGCGCCAAGGACCUCGUGAUGGAGGCCCUUCGUCUUAACACAUUCGACAAUCUUACGGUGAUAGUAGUAUGUUUUACAUCUGUGGAUCAACCGUACGCAGUACCAGAGGAAGCUGAGGUGCUGUGCUGCAGCCUCACCGCAGAGGCGUUGUGCAGCCUACGGAGUUUAUUGGACCGGUGAUGGCCGGUUUCCGACUACCUUGCCCAUGUAUUUGAGGGAGGGAAGCUACUAGUGGUGGCUUCAAGUUGAGCAGCGUCUAGAGCUGGGGAGAAGUUGUGUUUGUAACAUUCUUACUUGUUUUUUGCAUCCUAAUUAUUUCAUUGGUUUGGUGUACAUAUAUAAUUAUCGUUGGGUCAU